GCAACGGACUGCAAGAAGUGACGUCAUGGGCGUUCUCGACCCGCGGUUCCGAUACAGCGCCGAGGACCACGCGCGGCAGUACGUGGACGCUGGCUAUGCGCUCUGGCGGCCCUUCCUGACGCCCGAUGCGUGUGCCAUCAUGUGUCGACACGUCGACCGCAUCCUCGCCGCCACCGCCGAGGACGUAUCCCGCGAGUGGAUCAUGAACGUGCAUCUCCUCGGAGAGCGCUGGCUGUUUGACCUUGCGUCCGAGCCAGCGCUGCUCGAUGCGGUACAGCACAUUUGCGGCCCCGAGAUCACGCUCAUUCAAACGCACCUCUUUUGCAAGCCGCGCGGGUGCCCGCCAACGCCGUGGCAUCAAGACGGCCGCAACGACGAUGCGCCGAUGGCGACUGUUUGGAUUACGCUGGACGAUGUGCGCGACCUCGGCAGUGGCGCUUUGCAAGUGCUGCCAGGCUUGCACAAGCACGGCCUUCUUCCUAGCGAAGCAUCCGACCACUUUCAGUUUGACAAAGUCCUUACGCCUGCGUUCGUCGCGUCGCAAACACCGGUGGCCUACAAUCUUCGCGCCGGCGAGGCGGCGGUACAUCACCCGUUGCUGCCACAUGCGUCCGCGCCCAACUCGGCGCUGGCAGUGCGCCGCGUGCUCGUGCUCCGGUACCUUGCGACGGCUGCGCUGGGCGACAGUCCCUUGUAUUCGUGGCCGCCAAGUGAGAGGGAGCCCGUCUUGUUCGCGCCUGGUGCGACAGCGGACGCUAAUAUCGCUGACGACGACGACGAGGAAACGGACGAUGGCGAAUUCUAUCAAGACCACCGGGACGCCGAUGCGUUCUUUGAAGGACGCAGCAUCGUCGUGCGCUCUUCCCGCUUUGAUUUUCAAUCAAUCUAGUCGGUAGACAAGUAGACAACCAAAUUGGAUGGCCAUAUAUUGUGGACAAUAUGUCUUGCAGGACGCGUGG